AUGGGGAACCGCAGCGCUGCAGACGCGGCCGGGCUGCUGGCGGGGCGCGGACCGGACGCGGGGCCCUCAGGGGCGGCGACGGGGCUGGCGGGACCGGGCGCGGCUGCGCUGGCGGGGGGCGUGCUGCUCAUCGGCGCAGUGCUCGCGGGGAACUCACUCGUGUGCGUGAGCGUGGCGGCCGAGCGCGCUCUGCAGACGCCCACCAACUACUUCAUCGUGAGCCUGGCGGCCGCCGACCUCCUACUCGCUCUGCUCGUGUUGCCGCUCUUCGUCUACUCCGAGGUCCAGGGCGGCGUGUGGCGGCUGAGCCCCGGCCUCUGCGACGCGCUCAUGGCCAUGGAUGUGAUGCUGUGUACAGCCUCCAUCUUCAACCUCUGCGCCAUCAGCGUAGACAGGUUCGUGGCCGUGGCCGUCCCGCUGAGCUACAACAGCCAGAGCCGGGGCCGCAGACACCUGCUGCUCAUCGGCGCCACGUGGUUGCUAUCGGCCGCAGUGGCCGCGCCGGUGUUAUGCGGCCUCAACGACGUGCGUGGCCGCGACCCAGCCCAGUGCCGCCUGGAGGACAGCGACUACAUCGUCUACUCGUCCGUGUGCUCCUUCUUCCUGCCCUGCCCGCUCAUGCUGCUGCUCUACUGGGCCACGUUCCGGGGCCUGCGGCGCUGGGAAGAGGCGCGCCGCGCCAAGCUGCACGGCCGCCGGUCCAGCCGCGCCCCGGGCCACGCCCCGGGCCCCCAGGAUCCCUGCAGCGCCCCCAGCCCGUCCCCCGACCUGCCUCCGGCCCCGCCGCAGGCCCGCAGGAGGCGGCGCGCCAAGAUCACCGGCCGAGAACGCAAGGCCAUGAGGGUCCUGCCAGUGGUGGUCGGGGCCUUCCUGGUGUGCUGGACGCCCUUCUUCGUGGUGCACAUCACUCGGGCGCUGUGUCCCGCCUGCGCCGUGCCUGCCCGGGUGGUCAGCGCCGUCACCUGGCUGGGCUACGUCAACAGCGCCCUCAACCCCAUCAUCUACACAGUCUUCAACGCCGAGUUCCGAAACGUCUUCCGCAAGGUCCUGAGCACCUGCUGCUGA